AGUACAACGCCAGUAUUACCAGUAGUGGCGCGAUAUUGGUACCAGUACUGCGCCAGUAGUGAACUCUGAUAAUUUCUUAGUAGGGUGUUGCACACACUAGAAAAAUAAUGUAUCUGUUGUGACGGGAAAAUAUUUCUUGACAUUAUUUUGAGAAAUAAAUGAUCAAAUAUCCUAGGAUAAGGGUUGGGGAAAAAAGGUCAAUAACUCGCCCCUGUGACCUUACAUCGAUCUAAGCGCCAAUAGUUCAAUAUAUUGGCGCAUUACCGAAAAUCGUCGGGUCCGUUCCUCACUCUUUGUCCGUACGUCUAAUGUGCUGGAGUAUAUCUCCUUGUUUGUUAAAUUAUAAGAAAUUGUAUUGAGUUGUUUGACCGAUCGAAUAUUGGAAUUAUAUUGUAUUUAAAGAUCGACAUUAACCAAAUUAUAUAUUGUUGAACAAAAUUGGAAAGAGUCGAUAUUUGAUCAUAUUUGAUCACACACAAAUCGAUCAACUGCGCGCAUUCAUCUGGAGGACUGAGGUCAUCACGAAUUUGGACAGUUCAGGUCUGAUUGGUUGCUUGUUGAGGGAAGGAUGAGCAGAGAUAUGGCUGCGAAUUUUGAUCCAGAAGAAGCAGGUGAUCUUGGAGAACAAUGGGACAAACUAGUCCGUUGUAAAAAACAGAUGGACGAUCUGAUGCGAGAAAUGACUUUGAAGGUGUCUGACUUCAAGGGUCAAGAUGACCAAAUUGAUCAGAUCUUUGAUGACAAUGCUUCGCUUUUUGACGAGAACUUAACUUCGUCAAGUACAACGAGCGAGCGGCGCAUUGACGAGAUUUCUGCGGAUGCUCAACAAUUGAUCAACGAGUUCCGUAAUCGGAAACCACCCAAGAUCGAGUUGACAAAUACUGUCAGGGUGACUCCAUUUGAUAUUCGAUCAGAAAAUAAGAAGAGGAAUCGCAUUCCUGAUGUGAAGCCAAUGCUGAGGAAGGAUGGUCAGCAGAUGAGGAUGACCGAUAGAACUGAUUCUGUCAUCGCUCCUUCGGUAAAGGUGGAACCUUUGCCAUAUACGAUCAAUGACAUUCCAACUUUCCAGGAUGUCAUGAAGGAAUUGGGAGUUCCGACUUUGGUUGAUUCUGAAAAUCAAUUCCAGCCUCUUUACAUGGUGGACUGCAGGAUGCUGUCGGAAAAGCUGCUCAAAAAUUUGAUCACGAAGAGAGCUGAGAUCUUUCUUAAAAAGAUGGAAGCUAAGAAAGUUGAUCGAGGUACUCAGACCUUUGUUUCUGUGACGGGCAAACAAAGAACUGCUGCGUGCGUGAACUGCAGGUCACGCGAGCAUCGUUUCACGGAGUGCAAGAUGCCGAUGAGACCUGGAUUUUGCUUGAUCUGUGGAGCAGAUGGAUUCGAGACCAUUGACUGCAUAUAUCCUCAUGGAGUUGAGCACGAGUUGGCUCUAAACAAAUGCGUAGGAUGCUCUAACGAUCUGUGCAUCUAUUGUCCUGAAUGUCCGGAUUGCAAUAUUCGUUACGCUGGACUUGUCGACUGGCUUCGGUUGAACUACGUCACCUUGCCAGCUUGGGCAAUACCAUCUGAUCAUAAAUAUUUGAUCAAUGAGCAUACGGAGGAGCAGCUUCGCCGGAAGAUCAAGGCAAACUUUGCGAAUCAAAACGAUUAUGUCAAUCGUGUGAGGGCAUUUUUGAUCAGGGAGAACGCUCUUUCUCUUAUCGAAAAACCAGCGAACAACAUGACACCUUCAAAGAAAGAUCUGUCGGAGGAAAAACGUCGCCAAGCUGUUCAAUCAUUGACGACCGAGUUUGCUGAUCAAUCUCUUGACGAGGUGAUGGCUCUUCGACCUGAAUUGUCCGAUGGAGAGGAAUACAAGGUCAUCGUGCCAACUAAGUACAAGAAGAACCCCAAAAAUUAGACAUAUAGACUGAUCAAAGACUGAUCUCGAAACGAGAGUACAAAUUUUGUUUUAAAUAACUUUGAUCUUAUCUUAAUUUACAUUUAUGACUUAUUGAUCUGAACCAAAGCAAAAAUAGUAUUACUUUGUUUUACCCUUCUUAAAAGGAAAGUUUUAUUUUUGAUACUAUAAUUGUAAUUUACGACGUAAGUUCUUUUCAAUAAAUAAAGAAAAUUAAAAA